AUGUUGCGCAUGUCGUCGUUGUUGUGUUGGAUGGCCUCUUGCCAGAAGCUCAACUUUACGCAGGAGCCCUCUUGCCUCCUGCAGCUCGCACCACAGGCCGAAACCGACCCGACAUGCAUUUCGUCUUCUCAAUGGACAGAGCAAUUCUCUGUAGAACCACAGCCGCCGCCAGUUCCUGAACGAGGGUCUCAUUGGACUAGUGCGGCGCUGAAGGGCAACUUCGCCCUAAUGUCCUGGAGCCAGUUUGUCUCAGACCAACCUGCAGUCGUUCCGGCCUUGGCCCUCAUCUAUGGCUGGGAAGACGGGGAGUGGAAGUUGAACGCCAACCUGACUGCCCUGGCAUCCUGGAACAGUACCGACGGCGUAAUUUGGGCGGUGGCUGCUCUAAGCGUGGAGAACAUCGCGAUUGCCUACGGUGUAAGUGACCCUUCUAGACUACCGGUCUACAGCUUCCUCUACACAGGAACGGCAUGGACUUUGGUGAAUGUACAGGAAUUCCUUGAAGGAGUAAACUGCCAAUUUGGUCGCAAUGAUGAUUGCAUAAAGCUCGGGGGAGAUCUGAUGGUUUUCCGAACAGAAACCACCGAUCAGGGGGGUGGGUAUGGUUUCGAAACUUUCCAGUGGCAAGGGACGAGUUGGUCCCUAGUGCCAACUGCAAACAUCACAAACCCACCAGGAGUUGCAUUGUUCAGAUUUGCAGUCGAUGGACAACGCCUCGUGUUGACCAACCAGGUGUUCACCCCCGCAACGGUCCCGAUCGCUUACGUGUACGAUUGGACGGGCAGCACAUGGGAUGGGCCGUCAGCCAGUUUCACUCCCCAAAGUAACGCGAUCAUCAUGAGCGUCGCCGUGGAGGGCAAUUACAUUCUGACGGUCUUGUCCCUGAAUGAUGGAAUCGGAAUAGCCAAGCGGGCUUAUGUUCACGAGUACAAUGGCAGCUCAUGGGAGGAGGUCUAUAGCCAAGUGGUCGGCGAUCCGAAUGCAAGCUUCAACGAGAUCCGUGAUUCAGAUAUCUCCAUCAGUGGCAAGGCAGUAGUGACUGUUGACGCUCGUGUCGACCCCGCAAAUGUACGACGCAUCGUGAGCUUCUUCGAGAAAGGCAUUGAUAAUCUUUGGGGUCCGACACAAACAUUGGUCUUCAACAACGUCACGAGAGACUCUGCUGUGGGCAUCUCCACGACAGCCGCUUUAGUGACUGGCUUUGAGUUUGACAGCGGAAGUUCUAGCGUCCCCUUUAACGUCACCGCAACCGGCAUGAUCCUUGGCUGCGAUACAACUGAAACAACGACGCCGAUGCCUCCUUACGGGUACUCGUACUACUCACGGCACUCUCGGCGCUUCCGACGUGCACGCUGCCCAAAGUGGUGUGCUGCAAUCCGUUGGUGGCACUGGAGAUGCAUGCACUGCUAUUAG